AUGAGCGUCGAAGAGCUACAGUCCAUUGGCUCGGGCGAUGACAGAUCCCGCCAGUCGAGCUUGGCGAGUCUAGCGGAUGACCUCACGAAGCGGAGCUCCGUUGGGCAUCGCCUAGGGUUCGGUCUGGACAGGGCGCUGGCUCACCUACACGGUAAACUCGACGGUGACGGUGUGCCGACCGCCGCCUCCCCGACGGCAGCUGGGAACGAGAGCGGCGGCAGCCAGUUCCUCUCGACCGCGGCGGCGACGGCAUCGGGAGCCGCAAGCGGGUUCGGCUCGUUUCGGGUUCCCUUUCAGAAGGAGAAUGACAGCGCCGAUCGAAAGCUGUCUUCCUUGGCGGAAGGCGCCGGAGAUGCUGAAGACGACCAUAGACAACAGGGACAACCGCUUGCUGCUGCUGCCGUUUCCGAUGCCCCGAUCUUGCAGGUGGGUGUGAUGAUUGCGUUGACUUAA